AUGAAGACAUAUGUAUGGAGUAUAGCCCUUUAUGAGUGUGAAACCUGGACAAUAGCAAUAGAAGAACGAAGAAGGCUAGAAUCGUUUGAAAUGUGGUGCUACAGAAGAAUGUUAAGACUUAGCUGGAUGAACAGAGUAACCAAUGAAGAGGUGCUGGAAAAGAUAACAGAAGAAAAAUGA